UCCUGCAGGCGGCACGAGCACAGCCUGAGUGACGUCUCUCUGCUCUCUUAGGAUCCGCGAGUCUCUCUGUGUGUGAGAGAGAGUGUUUUUGCAUCGCGCUCCUGUUUUGCAUCUACAUCAGUUUUUCCGAGUGCUCGUAAAAACGAAAAGUGACGGAGACUGAAACACGGCUGCUGAUCUGGUCGUGACCGCGCUCGCCUUUAGACUCUCAAGCUCGUUGAUUAUCAUCGCUUGUUUUUUUCAUCGUGAGCGAUUUUUACAGUCAGCGGGAUCAUGUCAGAAGUGCUGCCGUACGAGGAGAACAUCUCUCAUUACGGUGCUGAUGGAGAUGAGGAGCAGAUUUCCCUCACCUGUCGCCUGCAGAACAACAGCAGCAACUUCUACAGUUCUGCGCAGAACAAACGAGCUCCGAAACUCGGACAGAUCGGGCGCAGCAAGCGAGUUGUCAUAGAAGACGACAGAAUUGACGAAGUCCUGAACAACACAGCGGAGAAGUCAUCAGCGGGAGUGUAACGCUCAUGGACACUGUUAAAGCGUCAGGAAAUCAUGGGUUCUGUGCAUUCUGCAUUUAAAGCACUUUGCAGUCCCGCUUAGCAUGGGUUGAAUUUCACGGUGCGGCAGCAGGCGAGGACCAGCCCAAAACAAAGAGGGAGUCCGUCCUGCUUUACGUCUCUCUUUAAGGGCAUGAUUCAUAUCCCUACUUAUAAAGCGACAUAUUGACGCUGGACAUAGAGUCCUAUGUUGUUUCAUACAUGUGGAGUUGGUCUGUAGUGGUCCAGAUUCAGUUUAUAUUGUGCGAGGAAUGCUUUGAUAUCACAAGCACACCAACGUUUCGUUCUUUAGUUUGCACUUGGUUCUUAGGAAUCAGGUUUUGUGCUCAAUUAAAGUGUUUUUUUCUACUUUAAAUAUACUUUAUUUUGCAGAAACGAUGGACUGAGAUUUUUUUAAUAGAAUGAGAAAGUAAAGUUUUAAAAUACUCAUUGUUUUCCAUGUUACACAUUGUAAUUUUUCUUUCGAUGUGGCCUGCAAACUGCCUGCUUAGCUUGAAAGCUUAUUUUUAUAUCAAGCAGCGAUUCCCGAAAAGGAAAACAAAAGCUGCUAAUUUGUGUAAUAGUCGUAGCACUCUCAGCUAAAUGGAUUUUGAUCACUAGUGUGCCAAAAUAUGCCGGUCGACGUUUGUCUCUGUUCACCCGAGUAAUGUGAAGUUUUCCAGACCUGCCUCUUAUAUAUGUUUCAGGGCUUUUUCGGUAACACUUUAUAAUAACUACACACUAUGAAUCAUUUAUUACGCAUUAGCGAAUAGUUCAUUCAUUAUCUGUUAAGCAUUAACUCUACAUUUAUAAACAUUCGUAAGCAGUUUAUAACUGCAGUUACAAAGGCUUUUUCUUGACUUAAAAGCACAAUUAAAA